AUGUCAACCCGUCGUAGACAUGAUGGCAACAGAGAUGAUCCAGAGCCUACAUCAUGUUUAGGAAUAUUUGGAUUGAGUUUGAAUACACAAGAGAGAGAAUUAAGAGAUGUAUUCGGUAGAUGUGGAUCCGUGGACCAAGUACAGAUAGUUUAUGACAGACAAAGUGGAAGAUCACGAGGCUUUGCUUUUAUAUAUUUUAAAUCAGUAGAGGAUGCAAUUGAGGCUAAAGAAAGGUGUACUGGAAUGGAGAUAGAUGGGAGGAGAAUUCGGGUUGAUUAUUCUAUAACCCACAGAGCUCAUACACCUACCCCUGGUAUCUAUCUUGGCAAACCUACAGAACCAUCAUCAGAUUCAAGGUGUUCACCUCUUUAUCAUUUCACUAAUGAAGAAAAUUUCUUUUGCAGACGUUAUCGAUCACCGUCUCCAUAUAACCGUGGUUACAAGAGAAGAUCACCCUCACCAUAUCGUCGACGUUCCCGUUCUAGAUCCAGAUCCUAUUCUCCUCGUAAGUUUUAG